AUGGAUACUGCCAAUGUGGGAUAUUCGUAUAAUCUGCCAUCAGGUGGAUGGAAUUACAAAAUUCGUAACACACUGUCGCAGUUUAGCGAUUUGUUUAGUGAAUUUAACAAAUACAUCGCCCCUGCAUAUCACCACGACCGUUGUGAGAGGUCUGUUCCAAUGAGGAUUUAUUCAAUGCACAAAGGGGAAUUUGUGAUGGUUUUUAUAGCCUUUUUUGCUUGUUUCGGUUUAGGCGUCUUCAUAGGACUUGCAGGGCCUUCCCCAACGUCCACGGAUUCUAUUGCCGCCUCUAGUUUUUUAUCCAAUACAAGUGAAAUGUACCGGGGGCCAUUUCAAUUGCGCAGUCCAGCCUUGGGCACCACGGUGCAGCAGCUGUGGCUCCUAGCUGAAAUAUUGACUAAUAAUGAUGAUGAGGAAAUAUUUGACAAAAGUUUUCAAAUUAGUAUAUCAAUAGACGGCGUGCUAAGAGAUCACUCUACUACUAACUUAAUACCUGAAUCUGAAGCUACAAAUAGAACACAACACCUAAAAUGUGAGGAACAAAUAUGCGAAGAAGUCUUGGUUCUACAUUUAGGAUCAUUGGAGUUCACGCAUUAUGUACUUAAUAUCAGAUUCUACGGAUUAAAGGAAUUUCAUAAACGUUAUUUUAUAAGAGACAUUAUAUUCUACUUUAAAACGUACAACCCCGGCUUCACACAAAUGGAAACGUGGUUCAGAUUUAUUUUUUUACUGACAACAUUCGCUGUAGCCUGCUGGUUUGCGCAUACACUAAGGAAGUAUUCCGCCCAUGAUUGGGCGAUAGAACAGAGAUGGGUGUCGAUUUUACUUCCGCUGCUAUUACUCUACAAUGAUCCAAUAUUCCCGUUGAGAUUGAUGUCUGGUGGUUGCUUCGCUCCUUUCAUCGAUACCGUGUUCCAAACAACGUUUUUGGCCUUCGUCAUGUUGUCAUGGCUUGUGCUGUAUCAUGGAUUGAGACAAAAUGAAAGAAGUUUCUUAUCUUUUUACACAUUCAAAACUACAGUAGUUGGGCUCAUAUGGACGCCGGCAAUGAUUAUCGCCAUAUGGCAAAAGUAUUACGCUUACUACGAUCCUACUUUCAACUACAUGAUGGAACCCAGCUAUCCAAUUGUCAAGAUCACGUUCUUCGGUGCGAUCACGCUGUAUUUCCUAUACUUACUUAUUCUUAUAAUCAAAGCGUAUAGUGAUUUACGCCACAUGCCUUUUUUUGACAUAAGGCUACGCUGUUUGUCCAUCGUGGUGGGAACAGUUACGUUUAUCACGACAUUACUGGCCCUACAGUCGUGGGGACCUGCGGCGCUACAAGACCACUGGGCGUCACAGCCGAAUGUCACAUACGAUACGUCCGCCCCUUUUAUGGCCCUUUAUGGCUUAUUUAACUUCAAGAUGUACCUGCUAGCUUAUUUAUUUUCGCCUGGUGGUGGAUCCAUUCAUGAAACGGCCAUAACGAAAGACAAUCCCGCGUUUUCCAUGAUCAAUGAUUCAGACGAAGAAGUAAUCUAUGGUUCGGACGAAGAGAGCCGAAGGCCGCUCAACUCACACCACAGAGUAGCUACCGAGGACAUAUGA